CAGUGGAGCGGCGCUUCCGCCAGGCCGUGCCCUCUUAAAGGGGAAUUACGCGGUGGGCUCUCUCCGGGCGGGAUGAGCCGGGCGGUGGGCCCCAGCACCCCGCUGCGCCGCCUGCCCUACGGGCUGCUGCAGCGCCUGGCCGCGUACAUCGACCCGCAGGACGGCUGGAGGCGGCUGGCCGCGGACAUCGCCGGCCCCUCGGGGGAGAGCAGAUACACGCAGCUGCACAUCAGGAGGUUCGAGGCCUUGGAGCGCAUGGGGAAGAGCCCCACCUGCGAGCUGCUCUACGACUGGGGCACCACCAACUGCACGGUGGCGGACCUGGUGGAGCUGCUGCUCAGGAACCAGUUCCUGGCACCGGCGAGCCUUCUGCUGCCAGAAGCUGUCAAGGAGGCACAAGAAGUUACGUUACCUCUUUCUUCGCAGGAAACUUUGCCCAUAGAUGAGAAGUGGCUGCCUAUACAGGAAAAAGAAGUGGCAGCUGUAAAACCUAGUCCCUCUCAGAAUACAGAGGAGCAACCUUCAACUGCUUCCUACUUAAGUCAGGAAAACAACAGCUCACAGUCUAGUAACACGGAUUUCCACAACUUUUGGUUUCGUGACUUGGAAAGUGUUACAAAUAAUUUCGAUGCACGACCAGAAUCAGAUGGAGGUAAUAAGCUGGGAGAAGGUGGCUUUGGCGUGGUGUUCAAAGGCUACAUCAAUGGCAGAAACGUGGCUGUCAAGAAACUUGCUGCUAUGGUUGAUAUUAGUGCUCAGGAUUUGAAACAGCAAUUUGAUCAAGAAAUAGAAAUGAUGGCGAAGUGUCAGCAUGAGAAUCUAGUGGAAUUGCUUGGUUUCUCGAGUGAUGGUGCCCAGCCCUGUCUGGUGUAUGAGUACAUGCCCAAUGGUUCAUUGCUUGACAGACUUGCUUGUCUGAAUGACACUCCACCAAUUUCUUGGGAUACGAGAUGUAAAAUUGCUCAAGGUACAGCAAAUGGCAUCAACUUUUUGCAUGAAAAUAAUCAUAUUCACAGAGACAUUAAAAGUGCAAAUAUCUUAUUAACUGAUACAUAUGUGCCCAAAAUUUCUGACUUUGGACUUGCAAGAGCGUCUGUAACAUUUACACAAACCAUCAUGACUGAUAGAGUUGUUGGAACAGCAGCCUAUAUGGCACCUGAAGCUUUGCGAGGAGAAAUAACGCCUAAAUCUGAUAUCUUCAGUUUUGGAGUAGUCUUAUUAGAAAUAAUAACGGGUCUUCCACCAGUAGAUGAAAACCGGGAGCCACAGUUACUGUUAGGUAUCAAAGAUGAAAUUGAGGAUGAGGAAGCAACUAUUGAGGAUUAUAUUGAUGCAAAGAUGCAUGACUGGGAUGCAACUUCAGUUCAUAAAAUGUAUUCAAUUGCUGAUCAGUGUCUGAAUGAGAAGAAAAACAGGAGGCCAAAUAGUAAGACGGUCCAGCAGCAUCUACAAGAGAUAAAAGCUUGACAUAUGUUUCUUCUGAUACACAUGUUUUCUAAACAAUAGAGACCAGUAACAAACGCAGACUUCUAUCAGCACAUAGUGCGACGUUAUCAGCUUUUCUGCUUUCCAGAACUUUCUGGCCUGCGUAUAAGGUGUGCUGUUGGCUUGUCACCAUUGUGCUGUUUUUUAACUGAGCAGCAUUUCUACAUAUCCUUAGUCACUGGACCUUCAACAGAUUUUUAUUUUUUUAUUUUUUGUAUUAAGUUUUAGUGCUGGUACAUCAUCUACACAGCUUUUUAAACAACUAGAUUAUGAAAUGGAAAUGUCUUUUGAUUUUCAAGUAUGUCCUUGGCAAACACGUGGGACAGUUGCAGGUUAGGAUGUCUUUCUGCAAAUCGCUUUCUUGAGUGAUCUACUAGACCUUUUUCCACUGAAGAGAAAAACAUUUCAUAGUUACAGUUGGUACUUAACACUGUCUUCUUGGAAAGACACAACAGUAGUACCCAUUUAAAACCAACUUCUUGCUUAGCAUUUUAGCUUGAGAGUUCAUAUUAGUGUGAGAAUAGACUGGUAAUGUUUGUGAAUGUCACUUUUUGAAAAAAGUCUUCUCAGGAUUUUUUUUAUUCAAAUAAAUGUUGCUAUCUUCUAGGUUUCAAGGUUUUAUAAGUAAAACAAUUACACUAAUAGAAAUGCAAAACAAUGUAUAGCUUUCUUUUGCUGAACUCAGUGUGAUGACAAACGGUUUAAUCUUUGUUCAUAGGAAGACUCACAAGUAAUAUUUUAUGUUUUAGAAUAAGAUUCUAUAUGAGAUAUUGCAAAUAUAGAUGGUUUAUUUUGUUAAAAGAGACCAAUAUAAUGUUGUUAGGAUCAAUUCUGCCCUCUCCUUAGCUAAAUAAUUAAGCUCUUAUAUACAUAAAUAUAAGUAAAUAUUAAAAAUAUACAUUUAAAGGCAUUGAAAGCUUUCAAAAGCAGAAGGAUCAACAGAUCAAAGAAGACUUCAUUCUACUUUUAUUGAGAUUCUAGAUACUUUGGACUACCUUUGUAAGUGAAAAAGGUUAGUUUCAUAUAAACCUCUUCUUGUUCUUCAAAAUUUUCUUGACAGCUUAGGGAUAGGAAAACAGUUUGGCAUACAGCUAAACUAAGAUCUAUGAUUAUGGAAAAAAAUUAAACAGAAAAGAAUCUGACUGUAUUUAGGGGCACAUAUCGUUGUAGAAGGCAUAUGAUUUUUAGCACUUGUUUUUAUAACAUUAGAACUCUGGUUAUUAAGUUAUUCUUUAUUUCCCUUUCAAAAUGACAGAUUAACCUAGAAAACAGAAUCCACUUAAACCAUUUCUAGUUUUAUUGAGUAUAAACAUUAAAAGCUGUUUAACAUAAAUAAAAACUGCAUUAUGACUGUAAAUGCUUAUUCCAGCUCUUAAAACCUUUAGUCUUGGAAACAACGUGCAUUCUAUGUUGCUUCUGUUUCUGAUAAUAGCAUUAUGGUAACCUCACUGCAUGGAAUAAAGCUGUACAGCUUUGGACCAGGGAUAGUGAAGGGGGAAAAAAAACACCCUGCUAUAAACUGGAAUGAGAAUAAAAUGCAUUUAAGUCAUUCUUAAAACAAUUAUUCCAGCUGUUACUUGAAGGCUUUCUUCUAGAUAAUUUCUGCAUUUUAUUGUUCUCUGGAGCUCAAAUACAUCUGUAUUGUUGCUCUGAAGUUGGUUUGUCAUCUCCCUGAUGAGUGCUAUUCGCUGCUGGUAUUGUAGAACAAUUUUGUUCAUGUACCAGAUGUGAUAUUCUAGGUACAAGGAGCAUUGUUAUCACAGGUGUGUGAGUUAAUGUUCUUACAUCAUAGUGCACCUGUGAGCUGCCUCUUUGGGCUGCCUGCCUGUUAGCAUCUAAGUUUUCCUGAUAGUUCUCCUCGCUCACUGAAAAUGAAGCAUGUUUGCAACAAUUUCAGUUAAAAAAAUAAAUUAUAAAAAUUGAGCUCUUUUCAUAGUGAGGAAUAUCCCCGUGAGGAAUAAAGGUAUGUGUUAAGUGAAUGUAGCUAGCUUUUCUGUUUUUCUAUUAUUCACAAGUUGCAAGGAGAGGGGACCUUCCCUAUCCCCCAAGUUUUUUGUUUUUUUAAGAUCUGCAGAUACUAAACCCAGCACCUAUAGCCAAUGAUGGGCUAAUAGUAGCUGACUUCUGCUUCAUUUAUUCCCUGCAAAAAGCAUUAAACUAUCCUAGGCUGCAUCCUUUACAUUAAUUACUAUACUAAAGCUUUCUGUGACAGAAGUCAGUAAACUGGUCGUUCAUGUUCUUGGUGAAUAAAGGAAUGAUGGAGCUGGAGGUGAGAAAAAACUUGGUAUAGCUGCUAGUAGCUGGAUAUUUUUUUUUUUUGUCAGCUGUAGUAUUUCAUAUUCUUGCUGAAAUGUUAAGAAUUGCUGCACCUUUGUAUUCAAGAUGGCUAGUGGAGAGUUGUAUUAAACACCCACUGAACAUAAGGCAAAGUGGCUUUUGUUCAAGUUGUCUGUGAUAUUCAUGCUCACAUACAGCAUACCUCCUUCCUCUCUUACCCGUGCCUCUUAUAGGAACUAUCUUUUUGUACAGCAUUUUGCAUUAAAAUUACUCUUAAACUCUAGUUCAAAACAUCCACAAAUUUCCUCCUUCCACCUGCCAAACUGCCCUAUCAUCCCUUUUCCCUGUGGCGAUGUGUUGGCAGGACAUUUAAAAGACAAGCCAAACCACUAAGUGUUCUUUAGGAAGACUACAAGCAGACUAGUUCUUGGCAGUUUAGAGAAACAUUUAUGAAACAUCACCAUUUGAUCAUUUAAUUUUAAUACCUCAUGCUGAGCAAAUAACAGCGGCUUGAACUAUUAGAUUACUAAUCAACUACUUCAGCAUUUUGAAAGAAAGUUUUCUGAAGCAGUUUGUUGUUGAAAGCAUAAAAAGCCUCAGGUGUUAAACGUACUUGGAGCCUGCUAUGAAGGCUUCCAUAAAACAACAAGAAAGUAGCUGUAUAACAGAGCAUAUAAGGAUUCUUCUUCAGUAGCAAGAAUCAGAAACUUGGUUCCUGCCCACCUCUGUUCUUAUCCUGCAGUCACUUCCUUUUUUCACCUGUUAUACACCAUGAUGAUAAAAUAUGUAUCUUUGUUAAAGGGAGACUAUGAAAUUAUUCAGACAACACUGAACUAAAGCAUCAAUCUUUAUUUAUAAAGUAGAUUACAAAAUAGAUAAAGUUACUUUUAGCAUCUGAAGGUGGUUUUCAUUGAAUACAUAGACAGCAUAAAUCAAAAGUUUCCUUUAUCAAUGCAUUUAUUCAACUAACAGACCAAUUAUUACCUUGGCUAGUUUCAUAACCCCCUCACAGGAGAUUUGUAAGACCAAAUUGUCCCUACUUUGCAACAUAGACACUUCAAAAAUAAUUAUAUGUCAUGUUAAUUUACAGCAAUUAAAUAGCUUGUGAUGUAAAUGCAAGUAGCUGCAUUGCUUUUGGGCUUUAUGAAGGCCAACAAUAGUUUUAAAUGGACACUUUCAAUUAUUAAAUUACCAGAGACAGUUUAAGAAAUAACUUUUUUUUAAUGCCCUCGUAGUGUGCUGGCUCUGAACAUGUCUUAACAGUAGUAGUGUUAUGGGAGGCAACUACACAGAUGUAAACAUGAUAGAUCUUACAAAAAGAUCAGAAAAGCUUCUUAUUGCUGUGUCAGGAGAAUAGCUACAAGAGGCCUGAAGAGGCAGCUGGCAGUGCAAGACUUCGUGCAAUUUAAAGAGAAGUGUCUGUUAGAGCAGGCUUUCUCUUUUAGGGAAAAAGUGAGAGGGAACCAGGACAUUACUCUGCUGGCUGGUCGAGGGUUCAUACACCCACAUGAAAUAUUUUAAAGUAAAAUAACUUAAAUGUCUGGUUUGGGCUGAACUCCACAGCAGCUCAUUGUAAACUCCCUCACAUAAUCACUUAACCAGCUCUGGCCAUCCUCCAGAUUAAGCUUUCUACUUUCUAUCCUCAUCUACCUAGGGCAGGAUUAGAAGGAAAAAAAAAAAAAA